GUAUACUUUCGCCUCUUUCUUCAUCGUCUUGUCAGUCAAUUGAUCCCUAGCGCCUCCUCCUCUUCGAGUCUCAGAGACUCUCGCCUCUCUCGCCGCCUUCUCUUCGAAGCCAUACGCAUCCCAGCUUUGACAGAUGUUAGCUGAAAUGCCUAAGCAAACAACCAUUGGAACCAUGUGAUAAGCAGUAUGGGCGCCAAAAGUGUCAAAUGAAUUGCCAUGAUUGUCACAUUGGGAUUGGCUUCAAAAAAAUUUGUUUCUUCUUGGCGUAAAUAUGAAGAAUUCUUUUUUUGGAUGUAAUUUUUAUUGAGUUUCAAAAUAUUCUGUAAUUAGCUUUUCUUUAUUCAUUUGGACUUAUUUGCAUUCUAUUGUUUAGUUGUCAGAUGCUUACAUAAAAACUGGAGAUGUGGGUGUGAGCAAGAGGAUAUUUCUUCUCUCUUGCAAUUGGCUCCUUUUCCUCGUGCUGUGUUUUUGUUAAUCUCUAUGCAUUACUUUGUUGUCUUGGGCUAGUUUUAGGGCUUUUUAAGUUUCCACAGAAAUGUAGUGAAAAUAUGAAGUGUUUUCGCAUGUCGUUCAUGCCACUAAAUAGUAUUAUUUGUAGUGCAACUAUUCAAAUUCUGAUUUUAUUCCUGUUAGUUUUAAAUGGCUGGGGAAGAACAGGAUGUAAAGGUCACAAAACCUUCAGAGACAGAGACUUCAAAAUCAAAUGAAGUAACGAUAGAAACUGCGAAAGUUAAAAGGAAGCAGCGAUUGUUAAAGGAAGCUGCAAAGGCUGACAAGCGUGGGGUUUGCUACUUGAGCAGAAUUCCUCCACAUAUGGAUCAUGUGAAGCUUCGCCAUAUUCUCUCUCAGUACGGAGAAAUUCAAAGAAUCUAUCUUACUCCUGAAGAUCCUGCUGUUCGUGUUCAUCGUAAACGUGCUGGUGGAUUUCGAGGGCAAGAAUUUUCAGAAGGGUGGGUGGAAUUUAGCAAAAGGAGUGUGGCAAAGAGGGUUGCUAAAAUGUUAAAUGGCGAACAAAUAGGUGGGAGAAAGAGGUCAGCAUUCUAUUAUGAUCUUUGGAAUAUCAAAUACUUGAGUAAAUUCAAGUGGGAUGAUCUUACUGAAGAGAUUGCCUACAAGAAUGCUAUUCGGGAACAGAAACUAGCGUUGGAGAUUUCUGCUGCUAAGAGGGAGCGGGAUUUCUACCUCUCAAAAGUCGAUCAGUCUCGUGCUUUAAGUUCUAUUGAAGAAAGAAUAAAGAAGAAGCAAAAGGUCCAACAAGAGUUGGGAGCGACAUCUGAGCUUUCCAAUAACCAGCAGACACCAAAAGUGAUUCGCCAUUUCCCACAGACAAGGCCGGUUGCUGAUAAUGCUCGAGAAACCCGGCUUCGACUCUCGAAAGAUAUCCUGGCUAGAGUAUUCGGCGGCAGUUCAUGAGAGUUUGUGUGCAUGUGGAGAUUCCUCUCAUCACUUUUUCACAUUUUCUUUCUCUGUUUUUUGGAUCUGCUCCUCUCACCACCUGACAUUUUGACCUUCCCUUCAAUUGUGUCAGUGAUUAUGCAGUACCUUGUAAUUAUAGGAAUGCUGUCGAUACUAACACAUCUCUUUUCAACCGAGGAAGAAAACAAGAACAUUUCGUUUUAUUUUUAGUAAAAUAGUGAAGGAUAUUACAUUAGUAAUGAAACCAUUUGUAGGGAAUGUUAAAGAUUCCAUUACUCACAAUGUCAU